AUGGUCACCAAUCCCGGAUAUAGCGCCACAGAGGCGGUCGGAAAGACUCAGUCGCGCAAUGAUGCAUCUGCAGCUCAAGACGAAGAGAGUCCUCUACUCGCGCAGCCCGAUGCGGUCGAGCCGAACAUGAAGGAGCUAACGGCCGUGGGGACCAUCAUUGCCGUUCUUCUACUUGGCGAAUUCAUCUCAAACGCCGAUGCAACGCUCGUAAUGGCCGCCGCUGGCCGCGUUUCCUCCGAAUUCAAUCGUCUCCGCGACGCGAGCUGGUUGUCGACGGGGUAUACACUGGGACUAUGCGCGGCGCAGCCGAUGUACGGCAAGCUGAGCGAUAUCUACGGCCGGAAGCCGCUGCUAUUGAUUUCAUAUUUGCUCUUUGCGGUUGGAUGUAUUAUCUGCGGCAUUGGAUCGCAGAUGUGGGUGGUCAUACUCGGCCGUGCGAUCAGCGGCAUGGGAGGCGCCGGCACGAUGACCAUUAGCUCGGUCAUCAUCACGGACAUCGUUCCUAGACGUGAAGUUGCGACGUGGAGAGCCUACGUCAAUAUCGCUAUGACACUCGGUCGUAGUCUGGGUGGUCCUGUUGGUGGGUGGUUGAGUGAUACAAUUGGAUGGAGAUGGCUCUUCCUCCUACAAGCUCCCUUCGUCGCCCUUGCCGCAUUCCUCACAGCACCUCCAAACUCGCAAAAGUCGACUUCCUGGGCACAGCCCUCCUCCGGCACUUCCAUAAUCGCCAUAACCGGACUCCUCGACCAAGGCGGAAAAUCAUUCCCCUGGAACUCCUGGCUCACAGUCCUCAUGGGUGGUGGUGGCCUUUUGCUUCUCAUCUCCUUUGUACUCGUCGAAGCCUACGUGGCCAAAGAACCAAUCUUCAACCUCCGCAUCCUACGCCGACCCAACGUCCCAACAAGCUACGUGAUCAGCUGCCUCCAAAUAACCGCGCAGCUCGGCAUGCUCUUCUCCGUACCCCUCUACUUCCAGGUAACGCAAAGCGCCUCAACAACCUCCGCUGGAGGGCACCUCGUCCCCGCCGUAGUGGGAAAUACAAUCGGCGGCCUAAUCGCCGGUGCUUUCAUCCGGAAAACAGGACACUACAAAAUCCUCUUAAUCCUCGCCGGAUUAAUCGCCUCAACAUCCUACAUCUCCCUCUACACACAAUGGACCGGACACACCGGCCUCUGGGAAUCGUUGUACAUAAUCCCCGGCGGAGUCGGCACAGGCAUCGCAUCCGCCUCUGCCUUCGUCGCAAUGACAGCCAUCCUGCCACCGGAGGAAAUGGCCAUGGCGACGGCGGGGUAUAUGUUGCUGAUCAGCUUUGCGAUGACGGCCGGGGUUACGACAUCGAAUACGGUGCUUGGAAUGGAGUUUCAGCGGCAAUUGAGAUCGAAGUUAACCGGUCCGGGUUCGGAGAGGGUUAUCCGCCGUGCGAUGGCAGAUACGGGGUAUAUUGCUGGCCUCGGGGGACGGCUUAGAGAAAUUGUUAUUGAGUGUUAUCUUUCUGGGUUGAGGAGGACGUAUCUUGUUUCGCUGGGCUGUUCGCUUGCGGCUGCUUUCUUUGGGUUGUGGAUUAGGAAUCAUCAGUUGUGA